AUGCACCGAGCUGUAGACAGACUGCCAAAUUCUCUAUUCCCCAAGAUCAAGUCGGUUGUCAUGUUUGGCGAUCCAAAUUUGAGGCUGGGCGUGAUUGGAGACAAGUUCCCCAAUGGGCUGAAGGCGAAGGUGCUGCAGAUUUGUGCAAAGGGCGAUCCUGUCUGCGACUCUGGGUCUUGUCAAUUCUAUCACUUGACCUACAUCCGCCCCGAAUACAUUGAAGGCGCCGUAACGUUCAUCGUGAGGGCUUUCAAGGGUAUGGCCCUCUAG